UCCUGUAUGUGCUAACCCUCUAUGCGUUGAAUGCAGAGUGCAAAAGAGAACCAGUGGAGGGUCAAACCAAAGACCUCCUGUAUAAGUACAAGCUAUAUGGAGACAUAGACGAGUAUGCGUACUACUUCAUAGAUAUAGAUAUUGGUACCCCGGAGCAAAGAAUUUCGUUGAUUUUAGACACGGGGUCAUCCUCGUUGAGCUUCCCAUGUGCAGGGUGCAAGAAUUGCGGAGUGCACAUGGAAAACCCCUUUAACUUGAAUAACUCUAAAACGUCAUCCAUUCUGUAUUGUGAUGAAAAUGAGGAGUGUCCUUUUAAGCUGAACUGUGUUAAGGGGAAAUGUGAAUAUAUGCAGUCCUACUGUGAGGGUUCUCAAAUUAGUGGAUUUUAUUUCUCAGAUGUAGUGAGUGUGAUGUCAUACAAUAAUGAGAAAAUAAGCUUUAGGAAGCUUAUGGGGUGUCACAUGCAUGAGGAGAGUCUCUUUCUAUACCAGCAGGCGACUGGCGUUUUAGGUAUGAGUCUUUCUAAGCCGCAGGGUAUUCCCACAUUUAUCAAUUUGCUGUUUGGGAAUGCCCCGCAGCUGAAGGAGGUGUUUACCAUUUGUAUUUCUGAAAAUGGGGGCGAGCUGAUCGCGGGGGGGUACGACCCGGCCUACAUCGUGCGCAAGGGGAAGGAGCAGUCACAGGGGCAGGGGCAGUCACUGGGGCAGGGGCAGUCACAGGGGAAGGAGCAGGCCGCCCAGCAGGGUGAGCCCAAGCAGCGGGGGGGGGACUCCCCGACAAGGGAAGACCCAGAACUGGCACUGCGUGAUGCAGAAAAAAUCGUAUGGGAAAGUGUGACAAGGAAGUACUACUACUACAUAAGAGUGAGGGGAUUGGACCUGUUUGGAACCAACAUGAUGAGUACAAGUAAGGGACUCGAAAUGCUUGUGGAUUCAGGAAGUACAUUCACGCACAUUCCAGAAGACCUGUACAAUAAAUUAAAUUACUUCUUUGAUAUACUUUGCAUUCAAGACAUGAAUAACGCGUAUGAUGUUAAUAAAAGGUUAAAAAUUACAAAAGAGUCGCUUAAUAACCCUUUGGUCCAAUUCGAUGAUUUUAGGAAGUCCUUAAAGACUAUCAUAUCGAAGGAGAACAUGUGCGUUAAAAUAGUGGAGGGAGUGCAGUGUUGGAAGUCCCUGGAGGGGUUACCCGAUCUGUUUGUUACUCUAUCGAAGAACUACAAAAUGAAGUGGCAACCACAUUCGUAUCUCUACAAGAAGGAAAGCUUUUGGUGUAAGGGCAUAGAGAAACAGGUAAAUAAUAAGCCCAUAUUAGGGUUAACUUUUUUUAAGAACAGACAAGUAAUUUUCGACUUGCAGAAGAAUCGCAUCGGGUUUGUCGACUCCAAUUGUCCGUCUCAUCCGACUCAUACUAGACCUAGGACUUAUAAUGAGUACAAAAGGAAGGACAACAUAUUUUUAAAAAUUCCUUUUUUUUACCUGUACAGCCUUUUUGUUGUGUUCGCCCUGAGCAUAUUGCUGUCUCUGGUGUUCUACGUCAAGCGGCUGUACCACAUGGAGUACAACGCGCUCCCCUCCGAGGGGAAGGCACCGGCGGACGCGUAG